UUCUCAAUGGGGGUGUGUAUUGUUGUUGAUGAGACAAUGUCUGAUAGUGUCUUCAGAUACAAUUGACAUGAACCAAGGCUGUUGUUUCAAAAAGGCAUACGAUGCUCACAAAAAGGAAUCAUAUUGUGUGUCAGGCCCAGAUAUACCUGAACAGUUUAACAUUUUAUUUGGCUAAUAUAAUCGAAUCAGAAAGGGACUCCAAGCCAAGAACGCCAAUGCAUGCUUUUGGUUUCAAAUUAGGUUAUUCUGCAUUAUAUUCAUAAUUCAUCGAUUUUGCUAUUUAUUUGUUAAUACAAAAUUUGUCCUAUUUAUAAUCAUCUUUAAUGUAAUGUUUCAUCUUUUACGUAUAUAUUUUCGUCUUUAAUGUCAUUGAAGCUGUGACAUUGAUACAAAAAUUAAUCUCACAUACUUCCCACUAUACAUUUCGUAGGCUUGUCUAUUCAAUGCCUUUAGAAAGAUAUAAAGGUCAAAAUACCCCCUCUUGGGUUUCUCGCAAAAUCUCCAUUCUGUCUUCCAUUUUCAUCUUAUCAGUUUGCCAAAUCUGCCCGGCACAAUCAGAUAACAGAGUGGCAGCCAGAUAUAAGAAGCACCAUUCAGAGAGAGCGAGGACGAGGUGAAGACGAAACUCAAAGACAGAUCAUGACAGUCAGACGCACCUCUUUCCAGUGCCUGGUCGUAUGUUGUGUGUUGACCUGGGUCAUGGCCGAGGAACAGCCUGGAGAGAUCCCAGAGAGAUGCCUCAUGGUGAGGAGCUUCUCCUCGACGCUCACGGCCGUGACUCAUGACAACGGCGACAUCCACACUCGCUCUCUGUCGCCCUGGACGUGGAGGCCGACCACGGAAGAACACCGGAUUCCACACACUAUCUGGGAGGCGGAGUGCAGCCACAGUGACUGCUCUGAGCCCAGCCAGCCAGCCGGAGCCAGGAACAACGCUGUGCCCAUAUACCAGAACCUUCUGGUGCUCCACAAAGGGCCAGAGAAGAACUGCUACAUCGCCUCCCACAGGAUGGUUGCCGUGGGCUGCACUUGUAUUCGGCCUGACAUCUUAUAAAAACGUCAUUUUGAGAGGACUUUUUUCAUGACGCCCUCAGGGUGCCAAGUCUAAUGUUCAAAUAUCUCAAAUGUUUGGAAAUUCGAUUUAUUCUGACAACUAACACAUUGUUUUCGCCUACAUAUUUAACUCAGAGGUACUCCAUUCUGCUAAGCUACUAUUUUUAAACGUUUGGUGUUUAUUCUCAGCUCAUCAAAUUGCAAAUGUUUUUAGUUGCAUUUAUUUAUAUUUAUUUCAUUUGUUUUUUCCACGUUUAUUUGUCAUUGCUGUUGUUGUGUGCAUGUCCCCUCCUGUUUGCUCAACGUCAUUGUAAAUUAGGGAAACCUCAAUGCCUUAUGAGUGUAAAUAAAGGUUUGAAACCAAAAAAAAUAAAACAUC